CUGGCAAAGGCAAUGGCAGGCUCGACUCAACCAAGCUCGCCCCCUGGCACCAGAACCAGUUGGAGAAGGAGCUCGUGGCGCUGCGCAAGCAGGCGCAGCAGCUCAAGGUGUCUGACAGGGAGAAAAAGGCUGCAGCUGGCGCGCCCCCCGACGCUGCUCACGCAGGGAUGGAGGUCGACGCGAGCGGCGGCGACACGGACACGACCGAUGCAUCUACCAAGCGAGCUGCCCUGCUGGGCAGGAUCGGCCACUGCGAGCAGUUCGUCAAGAGUCUCACGCUGUACGAGGCCAGUGAGAGCGAGCUGCUCACGGCGGCCAAGAAGCACCUGGAGGAGCUACGCGCGCAGCUUCGUGAGCUUCGGCCGCCCACCACGGCGCGUAAAGUGGCGAAGCAGCGGCUCGAGCGCUACUGCGCACAGCUCGAGCGUCUCCGUGCUGAAGCUGCUGAGCGCCGCGAAAGCAUCGCCAAGCUGCAAGAGGAGCUCGACGUCAUGGAAGCGUCUAUUGCGCAGAAAGAGGCAGAGGUCAACUUGCUCACUGACGAGGAGCGCACGUGUGCUGAGGCGCUGGCGAAGCAGCGUGGGCUUGCGCCCGCAUCCGAGGCAGCGCCGCCCACGGCGCCCCCUGGCCUGCCUGUGCUCGACCCCAAUUUCCUGCAGUGCAACAUGCCCGACCUCGAACCCCAGCCAGAGCCCGAGGUCUUCUACCAGCAGUUCACGGGAGACCCCAGGUUCGGGCUCUUGCAGCAGCUGCUGGGCAAGCGUGUCCAAGCCAGUCUCGCCGCGCCCAAGCAG